GUUGUCAGUGGGCGUGAUAGCCAAUAGGAGCAGGGCGAGGGGUCCCGGGACUAGGAAGCAACGGCGGCCAGGAGGGGGUUACGGGGACCAUGGGCCUUCUGACCAUCCUGAAGAAGAUGAAGCAGAAAGAGCGGGAGCUGCGACUACUCAUGCUCGGCCUGGACAACGCUGGCAAAACAACCAUCCUCAAGAAGUUCAAUGGAGAAGACAUUGACACCAUCUCCCCAACGCUGGGCUUCAACAUCAAGACCCUGGAACACCGGGGAUUCAAGCUGAACAUCUGGGAUGUGGGCGGCCAGAAGUCCCUGCGGUCCUACUGGCGGAACUACUUUGAGAGCACCGAUGGCCUCAUCUGGGUGGUGGACAGCGCCGACCGCCAGCGCAUGCAGGACUGCCAGCGGGAGCUCCAGAACCUGUUGGUGGAAGAGCGCCUGGCUGGAGCCACCCUCCUCAUCUUUGCCAACAAGCAGGACCUGCCUGGAGCACUGUCCUCUAACGCCAUCCGGGAGGCCCUGGAGCUGGACUCCAUCCGCAGUCACCACUGGUGCAUCCAGGGCUGCAGCGCUGUCACCGGGGAGAACCUGCUGCCUGGCAUUGACUGGCUCCUGGACGACAUUUCCAGCCGCAUCUUCACGGCCGACUGAGUGUCUCCAGAUGCCCUUGCUUCACAGUACCCCCCCUGCCCCUGCCCCAGGCCCUCACCAAGCUCCAUCCGUGGGGGGAAGAGAAUCAGCCCGCCCGACUAACACUCCCCAUCCCCCUCAGUAACCUGCUGCUGCUGCCACCCACUCCUGCUCCGUGGCCAGCUCGCUCCCACGGCGGGAGGGCUGCCACCCUGGCUGUCACCCUGGCUCCUGACCCAGCCUACCUACAGCUGCCAUACCAAGAGGCGAGGGCAGGGGCUGGCAGGGGGCUGCCUCUGCUGCUAUCCAGGCUGUGGGCGUCGACCUUUGCUCCGCUGUGAGAAUAAACUUCCUUGUCCUGAU